GCACCAUUAUAUAUAUGUACUUAUUUGACUUACUUGUUGGUUCAUAUUGUUUGUACGACGACUGAAGAAUGUUCUUUCAAUAUUGUAAAAUGAUAAAAGGUGUUUCGUAUGGAUAGUUUCUCUUUCUUAUACAAAUAUACGGAUCUUUUAGUCAACCGUACUAAAGGAGAUCAGAGAACCCUAUUGAACAACUGUCUCACAAAGUACCCUCUUCCUUCAACCUGUCUGCUUCCAUUGAAUCUUCAAUGCUGCGUUCCCUUAGAAAUUUUAAGUAUUUAGCCCGACGUGACGUGCGUCGCGGAUGCUCCGUGGUGGCCACUUCGGAUCGGAGUGAUGUCCAUCUGGUGCUGCCCACGCUCAUGUCCUCCGAGUUCGCCAAGAGAAUCCGACCUCUCCCAGUGCCCGAACUAAUAGAUAGGUUUUCCCGCGACGCCCCAGGCGGUCAGUUUCCAACCAUAACCGAGUAUCUGCGAAGCGAUCCGAGAUCCGAAGAGGUUCUGUUGCCCGAGGAGAUCGAUUUGCACCGAACAAUGGCCUUGGAUGAUCUCAAUGCUUAUAUGCAUGCUAAGGACGCUUUUAAGGAACCUCAGAGAAAGAACCGAAUAUUUGCCCACGUUCUCGUGGUGGCAGGUGCUGAAUCAUUAAGGAGAUGUCCAUUCCGACAAAGAUCCGAGUUCCUCUAUCUCUGCGAUUGCUUGAGACCAGGAGCGGCCUUGGUGCUCCACCGCAGCCGAAAGCAAAAGUCUGGUGCGCUGCUCUUCCUGCCCGAAGAGGUGGACUCCCAAUUGUCCACAAUCUAUAGCCACAUGCAUCAUGUGGACGACGUUUUGCCCCUCGCCAUGCUAAAGAAAAGUUUGCUCUGGCUGCUAAAGGAUCAAUCGCCUGAGUUAUGGCACUCUUUUCAGACCUCAAGUUUAGUUAGCAGGAUAGUCCAGGAGGCGGCCGAUGAGGCUAGGACACCUUUAAGUAACCCCCGAUACAUCCUGCAGUACACACGCACCGUUAAGACAUCCCGGGAGCUGUGUGCCCUGCGUCGGGCCAACGAAAUUGCCGCGGACUCCUUGGCAGAAAUGAUGGCCCAGCACCAUCGCAAUUCCCACAAUUUAUCCACCUUUUUUGACUACAAGUGCCGUCUGCGAUACGCCCAUCCGGAUGAGGCCAAAGCCUCCUGCUUACUAGAUAACAAUGGAUUGUGGCAUUUGGAUGCUGGUUGCCAGUACGGCGGCUACGAAGGCGGACUGGCCAGAUGCUGGCCGAGCUCAGGCAGGUUCACUCCACCCCAGAAAAUGCUUUAUGGUGCUCUCCUCGACAUUCGUCGCGAUCUGUGCGCGUUGAUACAGUCCGCUGGAAGUGAAGGAGCUGUUCGCACACCUCUAGAACUGCAUGCCGCUUACCUAAUCCUUCUAGCCCGGCAUCUCAGGGAGCUGCGGGUGUUGCCCAAAGGGGAAAGGAGUCCCGCUGAGACAGUCGAGGUGGCUCGCCACUACAACUGUUCUCCAGUUGUCGUCUCCCACGUGGGUCUUGGUAAAAGGGACACCAGUCGGAGACUCCUCGACUAUCCCUUUGCACCUGGGAACGUCGUUUCGCUGCGCCUGUCCAUCUCGAUUCCCGACGACUGCUGUCGCGCUUACCCCGAGUUCCGGGGCAUUCUUUGCCAGCUCGGCGACACCUUGCACAUCGGAGAUGACUAUUCCGUGGAGGUACUCACUGCAGUCUGUCCCAGCGAACCCCAAGCGAUCGAAGCAUGCAUACCCGCCGGUCGAGCCAGAUCCCUAAGAUUGCUAGCUGGCGGGGAUCAGGGUGGAUCACCAGCAUGA